UUUCCGAGCGUGCAGUUUAACUUGACGGUGUCGCGCUGGCGCUGACAGCCACGUCACCUCCUCAAACACAACUUGAAGGAAACUUCCCGGCGUGUACUUCACUAAGUACAUCAGACUUGUGACGUCACACGGUCUACUACACGCCUUAUAGGACACGAACAUGAACGUCUUCCGUCUGGCGGGUGACGUGUCGCACCUGGUGGCCAUCGUCAUCCUGCUGGGGAAGAUAUGGAAGUCCAAGUCCUGUGCAGGCAUUUCUGGGAAGUCUCAGGUUCUGUUUGCACUUGUCUUCAGCACCAGAUAUCUGGACUUGUUCACCGUCUUUAUUUCUCCCUACAACACAGUCAUGAAGGUGGUGUUUCUGGCUCUGUCCUAUGCCACGGUGUACAUGAUCUACAUGCGCUUCAGGAGCUCCUACGACUGUGAGAACGACACUUUCCGUGUGGAGUUCCUGUUGGUGCCAGUCAUCGGUCUUUCCUUCCUGGAGAACUACGCGCUCACCCCGUUGGAGAUCCUGUGGACCUUCUCCAUCUUCCUGGAGUCGGUGGCCAUCAUGCCGCAGCUCUUCAUGAUCACCAAGACGGGCGAGGCCGAGUCCAUCACCACCCACUACUUGUUCUUCCUGGGCCUCUACCGGGCGCUCUACAUCGCCAACUGGGUGUGGCGCUACCACACCGAGGGCUUCUUCGACCAGAUCGCUGUGGUGUCUGGUGUGGUGCAGACCAUCUUCUACUGUGACUUCUUCUACCUUUACGUCACCAAGGUUCUACGAGGAAGAGCAAAGAUGAGCCUGCCGAUGCCUAUCUAGCACAGAACCUGAACACAACACCCGACUUCUCUCGGGGACUCUUUAGCUGGCGUUCUCUCCACCAAAACUAGUACUUUUCUUCAAAUGUAA